CUUCUCUGCUCCUCUCCGGCCCGCCCAAAUAACACAAAAUUCCCGACUGAAUCCUGCCCGAGUCUGGGGGAACCAGGCGGCCUGGGAAAGCCGAGACGCGGACCGAGGCCAUCCCUGCAGCACGAAUCCGCUGUCCAGUAACAAAUGCAGUGCGAGGACAAUGGAUGAGAAUGUCACCAGGCUUGCAAUACAUUCCGAAGAGCCUAAAAUAAUAUUACACGGAUCGGAUGAAGGUGGUGCCGGCGGACAGGAGUUUGUUGUGGAGCUUCAAGAGACUGUGUUGGUGUCGGAAGGUGACGGGGAAGGCAUGGCGGUGCACAGGUUUGCCCCAGACGAGCUUGUCAUCCAGGAUGCUGUCGAGGAUGUGGUUUCCGAGUAUGUGCACUGUGAUGAAGAUGAAGACGUUGCUGUAGAAACCUGCGUGAUGGCUCUGGAGGGCGAGGAGGAAGGUGUUGCCAUGGGUGAUAUCCCUGAAGAUGGGCUGGACUCAGAGCAGCAGGAGGAUGACCAGGAUGGCUGUGGAGAUUAUCUAAUGAUAUCAUUGGACGAAGCUGGUAAAAUGGUAUCAGAGGAUGGAACAGAAGUCACAGUGGAGGGAGCCGUGGAGGACCAGGAAGUGGAGAAGGAUGAGGACGGGCAGGAGGUGAUAAAGGUCUACAUCUUCAAGGCUGAUUCUGGGGAGGAUGACAUGGGAGAAUCUGUUGAUAUCAGCGAUGGAGACACAGAGAGUGUACGGUUAACCGAGUCGUCAGGCCAAACGCUCAGAGAGAAGAUGGUUUACAUGUCUGUCGGGGAUUCUCAUCACAAUCAAGGAAACCACGGUGGGUCCAAGGUGACUGAUGAGGUAUAUAUGGAGGUGGUGGUAGGAGGUGAAGAGCCAGUAACUCACGACCGCUCGUAUGACAGCGUGUCUCUAAGCAAGGACUUCAUGCCUGUGGCCUGGGCAGCUGCUUAUGGUGCGGACGACAGCGAAAGUUGUGAAAACCGCAACGGGGCAGCCAGUGCUCUCCUGCACAUUGAUGAAUCGGACGGGGUCGACGAAAUCAAUAGACAACGCAACAAGAAGCAGAGGCGGUCGGAGCCUCGACAGGUCCAGACAGCCAUCAUCAUCGGUCCGUAUGGUCAGCCUCUGACAGUUUACCCCUGCAUGCUUUGUGGUAAGAAGUUCAAGUCACGAGGCUUCCUGAAACGCCACACCAAGAAUCAUCACCAGGAAGUUCUGACCAGGAAAAAGUACCAGUGUACAGACUGUGAGUUCACCACUAACAAGAAAGCCAGCCUUCACAACCACAUGGAGGUGCACGCCCUGAGCAGCAAGGCUCCUUUCGAGUGUGAAAUGUGCGGCAAGGAGUUCCACCAGCAGGCAGCGCUAUUCUCUCACAGACUGCAACACCACCACAGAGAGCCCAAGAGCCAGCCGCCUCCAACUCCCACCAAGAUGCAUAAAUGCAAGUUCUGUGACUAUGAAACUGCUGAGCAAGGACUUCUCAAUCGGCACUUGUUGGCUGUUCACAGUAAAAGUUUCCCUCACAUCUGUGUGGAAUGUGGAAAAGGCUUUCGACACCCCUCAGAGUUGAAGAAACACAUGCGCACGCACACGGGCGAGAAGCCUUACUCCUGCCUGUACUGUGACUACAAGUCGGCCGAUUCCUCUAAUCUCAAGACACACAUCAAGACUAAGCAUAGCAAGGAGAUGCCAUACAAAUGUGAGCGCUGUUUCCAGACCUUUGCUGAGGAAGAGGAGUUAAUGCAGCACGGACUAACACACGAGGAGAAUAAGACCCACCAUUGUGCCCACUGUGAUCACAAAAGUUCCAACUCCAGUGACCUGAAACGCCAUAUCAUAUCUGUUCACACCAAGGACUAUCCACACAAAUGUGCUGUCUGUGGGAAAGGCUUUCACCGACCAUCUGAACUGAAGAAACACUCAGUAGCCCAUCGCACCAAGAAACUCCACCAGUGCCGGCACUGCAACUUUAAAAUUGCAGACCCUUUUGUUCUCAGUCGCCAUAUCUUGUCUGUCCACACAAAGGAGCCACAGUCCUCUCCUGAAAAGAGUGAGGGUAAGAGGACAGAGACGAACACUCCUGUUGUGUCACCUAAAAAGUCUGCACCUAGCAGCUCGAGUGGCACCAGCCCUGCUACUAGAGUCAGUGCAGCCAGUUUAGCCAGCAGUGUGACUGUAGUUAUUGGCAAAGGUCAGAAGGAGAGGAGAAUUUACCAGUGCCAGUACUGUGACUACAGCACCGGGGACGCCUCGGGUUUCAAGCGACACGUGAUUUCCAUUCACACAAAAGACUAUCCACACCGCUGUGAGAUCUGCUCGAAAGGCUUCCGACGACCAUCGGAGAAGAACCAGCAUAUCAUGCGCCACCACAAGGACGUGGUGAAGGCAGAGUGACUCUGACCGAGCCAAAUACUGUGCCACAAAACAGAACAAUGUUGAAGCAACUAUCACACCCCAAUCACUGCACCCUCAGCACAACACCUUUCACAUUGAAACAAUGUGUAUGUGUUUGCUGCACUUGUUGUUUUGCUCCUUUCUGAUCCUCAGCCUAAUGUUUGUUCAGAGAUGUAUACACAUGUACAUAACAUUAAUGCUCGGUCAGAGGUAGCAACAGAACCCCUCUGUAGACUUGCACUUUUAACUGCAUGUCCCUUGCCGGUGACAGUGUGCAUGGCAGAUUGUGCAAAUGUCUCUUUGUAGAUACACGUUAUGAUUUUUGCAGGCAGCAAUCAGUUCUCAGUCACAAUGGUCCUAAUUAUUUGUCUCAAAACACAAGUGUAGUUUGCAAAAACGUUUGCGUCAUUUAGAGAAAAAAAAGUACUAAACACAGCAGUAAGGAUUAGCAACCUGUUCACAGUAGCACUUGCCAUCUCGGUAAAGAUCAUUUUUAAAUGCAGUAAUCAUGUCAUGUAUGUAAUUAUGAGUGUGUGCGUGCGUGAGAGAGAUGGAGUGUGAGUGACAAAAAAACAUCUGUUGUUCUUCCGGUGCUCAGACCCCACCACCCUGUGACAUAAUGCUUUUUGUUGUGUUAACAAAAACACACGGCCGGCUGAGUUCAGCACCCAGAGAAAGGAAACAAUGUUUUUUAGUUUCGUCAACUGCGAUUAUUGAAUUGACACAAAAUACAGAGUGAAGUAGUGGAUGAUCAUGAUCACUACCCGAUCACUGGAGUAUCACACAGUUGUCGGAUGUUUCUCUUUUUAAAUCGGUAGUCAUACUGUAGGUUGUUCCAAACAAGUGCCCAAAGCAGCGGAGGAAGCACUGACUGAGAUGUUGCCUGGAAACCUAAAUCCCAUUAAUUUGAAGAAAAAAAAAAAAUGUAUGUGAUGAAAGAUGUUUGUUUUCAACAUUGCUGAUGACGAGCUGUUCCAACAGAUGGUUUCUUUUAUCGAUGAACAAACUUGUUUUAAUUGACUUUAUAUCUAUUAACUCACUGAGCAUAAUCUGUAAGCAUCAGUAUGAUCCAAUAUUAGGCUUGAAUCAUGGAAAGGUGACAUCAUUGUCCUGAGGUAAGUGGCCUCAAUAGAGUCAUACAGUAUAUCUGGUGCUUGUGUUAUGAAACUAUGAACUGAAGUUUCUUUUCGCCAACACAGAUGUACUUUUGCCAGUAGAAAGGGAAAAUGUAUGUCAUUUUUUUAAAGGUGCGACUUCAGAAGACAGGUGCUGGUGGUCUACUUGUACAAUGGCUUUUUACAUUUUUUUUGUUAUCACCUGUGACCAUUUCCGUUUUUAUAUUUAUUUCAUUUACAAGUUGUUGUAUAGUUAAGUGUAACUAGACUUCUAUGGGACGUAAAUUAUUGUUUUGUAUACAAAUCUGUACAAAACGUGUAGAUGUAAACACUUGAUAAAAACAAAAUCUGAACUGUGUUGUUAUGGAUGUACUUCAACGUAUUUGUUAAAAAAAGGUAAUAAAAGCAAAGUAUUUUA